GCAGCCGCAGCUCCGGAGCUCGUGCGCCCUGCGCAGCCUGGGGCAUCCCGAGCAGCUGCGGCUCCUGUGCAGUCCCUACGGGGCGGUGCAGCAGUGACUGCCAAGGCGGUGCGAUGCUGGGCCCUCCCGGGAGCCCGGGAAGGGAAAGCGGAAGCCGCGCGCCCGGCCGGUGACCCGGAGGGCCCGGCUGCCCGCUGCACCCGCGUCUGCCCUCGGCUGCCAGUCCCCGCGGCACCCGGCGCGCCGCGACCAUGGCCAUCGCUCACCUGGCCACGGAGUACGUGUUCUCGGACUUCUUGCUAAAGGAGCCCACCGAGCCCAAAUUCAAGGGGCUGCGCCUGGAGCUGGCGGUGGACAAGAUGGUCACGUGCAUUGCCGUGGGUUUGCCUCUGCUGCUCAUCUCGCUGGCCUUCGCUCAAGAGAUCUCCAUCGGUACACAGAUAAGCUGCUUCUCCCCAAGUUCUUUCUCCUGGCGACAGGCUGCCUUUGUGGAUUCAUACUGCUGGGCUGCCGUGCAGCAGAAGAGCUCCCUGCAGAGUGAGUCCGGAAACCUCCCACUGUGGCUGCACAAGUUCUUCCCCUACAUCCUGCUGCUGGUGGCCAUACUCCUGUACCUGCCCACGCUGUUCUGGCGCUUCACGGCAGCGCCCCAUCUCUGCUCAGACCUGAAGUUCAUCAUGGAAGAACUUGACAAAGUCUACAACCGAGCAAUCAAGGCUGCCAAGAGCGCUCGAGACUUGGACCUGAGAGAUGGACCUGGACCGCCAGGAGUGAAUGAGAACGUGGGGCAAAGUCUGUGGGAGAUAUCGGAAAGCCACUUCAAGUACCCAAUCGUGGAGCAGUACUUGAAGACAAAGAAGAACUCUAGUCAUUUAAUCAUGAAAUACAUUAGCUGCCGGCUGGUGACGUUCACAGUCAUACUGCUGGCGUGUGUCUACUUGGGCUAUUACUUCAGCCUGUCCUCACUCUCAGACGAGUUUCUAUGCAGCAUCAAAUCGGGCGUCCUGAGAAAUGACAGUGCCAUCCCUGACCGAUUCCAGUGCAAGCUCAUCGCUGUGGGCAUCUUCCAGCUGCUCAGCUUCAUUAACCUCAUAGUGUAUGCUCUGCUGGCCCCUGUGGUCAUGUACACGCUGUUCGUCCCGUUCCGGCAGAAGACGGACGUUCUCAAAGUGUAUGAGAUCCUGCCCACCUUCGAUGUUCUACAUUUCAAGUCUGAAGGCUACAACGACUUGAGCCUCUACAACCUCUUCCUGGAGGAAAACAUAAGCGAGCUCAAGUCAUACAAGUGUCUUAAAGUGCUGGAGAAUAUCCAAAGCAACGGGCAGGGCAUCGACCCCAUGCUGCUCCUAACCAACCUGGGCAUGAUCAAGAUGGACGCCAUGGACGGAAAGACUCGCGUGUCCUCACAGAUCAGGGGAGAGGACCAGGGGAGCCGGAUGGCGGAGUUCAAAGAUUUGGACCUGAGCAGUGACGCUACAGCAAACAUCCCAGAGAAGAACUCUCGACAGAGGCUUCUGAAUUCAUCGUGCUAACAGUUUCGUUGUUGAUUUUCAAGCGUGUGGCUUCUGUGUCUGAAGCACCCCUGUUGGGGCUGCGGCUAGUUUGCAGUAAAUGUUUUUGGUAGUGAUGUGGUGUGUGUUUUACCAGUCCCUAAUAGAUGUAAUGUCGAGGAAGACUGGAUUAGGAAUGUCCCACAAGACAAAACAUGGAAAUGAGUAAGUGCGCUCCACGUGAAGGACUAUUAAGAGCACAGAGCCUUCUAGAGCCUCUGAGAAACACCAUUCUGGACUGACAGUAUUGUGAGACCUGAAGUUUCUGGAGAGCAAGCCCUUUGGGGGAAUGUUCUGUUUUAUGAGAUAAUAAUAAACAAGUUGGAAUUUAAUUUAAUAA